GAGUUUUUACAGGUUGGUGUUGAAAAUGGUUUUCAAGAUGCUUCUGUUUCGGUUUGUCAGGGGGCGUUCCGUUGCGUCUGCGCACCGUAGUAUGUUUUGUCAGGUGGCGAAAGCGGCGAAGGUAACAUGUAAAAUCACCGGGACGGGAUCUCGCGGUUACCGCGGCAACAGCAUGCCUUUGAACACCAACUACGUUGCUCAUCACCGGAUGAAGCACGGUUGGUGGCACUCCUCGCCGCGAUGAACGAAGGUCUGCUGUUCAACGACCGCCAAGAACCCCGCGUUACAUGGGCAACAGCCAGCAAAAACCGAGCUCCGAGUCGCAAGAGCAGCAGCAGUGUCGGAGAUGGAGCUCGACGCAGUCUCAGCUGAGCUGGGGCAGCAGCCAGAGCGUGCAAUCGGUGGCCAGCGCCCAGCGCUCAUGGUCGCGGGCAUCUACCAGCCUGGGCCGUCGACGCCAGCUGCGUUGGCAGCCUCGCCUGCCACCGCUAGCAAGCGCAGUGCCAAUAGAAGCACCGUCAGCCUGCACUGACCCUCUUGCCAAGACACCAUGGCCGGUGACACUGGCUGAGGCCCUCUUUUUGCCCGAAUUUCCCGUCCGCAGCAAGCUGCACGAGGCCAGCUUUCAGAAAAUCAAGCAGCUUUCUGGGAGCAAGUUUGGUUCAGUUUAUUUGGUGCGAGAGGCUGCUACCGGCAAGUGCUAUGCCAUGAAGGUGCUUUCCAAAGCUCAAGUUGUCAGGGAGGAAGCCAUUCAACAAUGCAAAGAAGAAGUUGCUAUACAGGCUGUGUUGGGUCGGCAUCCAUUUGUGGUUCCCUGCACUCAUCACUGGCAGACGCGGAAGCAGCUUUUCAUAGUCACAGAGUAUGUUCCUCACGGCGAGCUCCGACUGACAUGGAAAGCACUAGGUGGAUUUUCAGAAGAACUCGUACGAGUGCUCAUAGCCGAGCUGGCUCUAGUCCUUGACUUCCUACACUGCGCCGGUGUCAUUUACAGAGACCUGAAGAUGGAGAAUGUCCUGCUUGAUGAGGAUGGCCACAUACAGCUGAUAGACUUUGGACUCGCCCGGUGGCUCAGCUACUGCGGUCGGGCACAGACUGUCUGUGGCACAAUGCAGUUUAUGGCACCCGAGGUCCUGGCAGCUCAACCAUACUCUCAUGCCGCGGACUGGUGGUCACUGGGCAUCAUGAUGUAUGCGCUGCUGGUGGGAAGGUAUCCAGUUGAAGGCACGGGUGACCAUGUACAGAUGAGGCAUUUGGUGGCCAACACCAACUAUGACCUCCCCGAAGGCUUCUCUGACCCAGCCCGCAAACUUGUUAGAAAGCUCUUGUGCAAGAUACCUCACAAGCGCCUCCAGUCACUUCACCAGCUCAAGUGGGAGCCAUUCUUCCGGGAGCUCAACUUUGACGACAUUCUCCACAAAAAAAUCUCUCCUAAAAAGUUGCUACAACAGCAGCUUGAAAACUCAGGCCAAGUCACAUCAGAAAAUGGUGUGCAGGCAGAAUCUCAGGACAGCGCCAAAGUUGCUUUUGCAGGCUUUUCAUGCCUUAUCAAGUCGUGAUGGUCGCUACAGCAACAGCGCAAGUGGCAUUGCGUUCCACCGAGUCAUCAAAAGCCUGAGCGAAUCACUGCAAGCUCAAGUGAGUCACCGGAAGUUCUAUGGUGGUGCUGUCAUUGCCUUUGCCGAACAGCGUGUCAAGCAAGAUGGAAAGGGGGCCAGUAGACCGUGAGCUUGGCUCUUUGUAUACUGGUUUGUCUUGCACUCACUCUGCCUGGUGAAAGGAAAACGUUUUUGACACCUGUGUUCACACUGCCACAUCGUUUGCAAAGCAAGAAGCUCUCGGCAAAUAGUGUAUCUGUUUGUUGGAGUGCAAGCGACAUACUGGUAGCACAUCCAGACACUUUGAAAAUAUUAAGCUCAACGAGCUGGCUAUAGCUGCAUGAAUUCAACUCGUUACAAUUAUUGCAGCUUGGUAAAACCCCUGUUGAUCUGCCAAGAACUUUUUAACAUUGUUGAGCUUUUGCUAAUUGGAAGCACCUUGUUCGUUUACUGAACCUUAUUUUUCAUAGCUGCCAGCUUUUAGGGCAUGCAUAUCGCAGAUGGAGAGCGUGUGCAGUUAGUUGCUGGAAAAAGUAGCUACCAUUUUACUCUGCUGUGCCUUUCGUCCAUAUAGCCUUCACCAAAUAAAAACAAAGUACAAAAGGGAAGGGAGAUGGGGUGAGGGGGUUGUACAUAAAUUUUGCCUUCAUGCGUGGUUCGUGGCAACACACAAUAUGGCGUCGUGAAGCCGUGCUUAAAAGACAAAAUAGUAAUUGCUGUGAAGUUUCACUGCACCUCAGCAGGGAGCAGCAAUGAAAAGCAGUGGCGACUGAAUUAGUGAAUAUGCAAGAUGGGAUCAGUCCUGGAACUUUUCUUCGUGUCAGCAGUUUACUGCUUUUAUUUCAUAAAUAGUUUAACAUUGUGCAUGAGAUUGUUUACGUGGAUUACACCCAUACACCCACUAUUUUUUGUUUCCCCCUUUUUUUGAAAGUUGUUGAUUAGAAGCGGGUUUAAAUAGCGGCAGCAGUUCACCUGCAUAAAGAUUUUCUAUAUGGCGUGAGAAGUGGCUACACAUUCUGUCUACUACGCCUCGAGCCUGAUCAGUUCACCUGUAAAGCAGUAGACAAUGUGAACUCGAACAGGAUCUGUUGGCAUCUGCGUUGUAGGUUAUCUGAUGCCCAAUUGCAUGGAAAUGGCCUUUGUUGGGCCAUCGCAGGAACCUGCAUUAGCAGCAUUAGUGCCUUGUGAAAUAACAGAAGCUACCAGCUGUGGUGCAAGCAUGUCUCUAGAUGCCCCUCUUUCUCUUUAGACAACAUUUUUGUGGCUUGUUAAGAAACAUGACUUUGAGUUGCCAAUCACCUGCUGUCUUCAACAUUUUUUUUGUAACGAGAGAUAGAUGUUGCCUGUUCAUGCAUACAUAGCUUGUGUGUGGUGACCCGCUAACUGCUGACAUGUCGAAGUCAGUUUUCAUCUAACCUGUGGCGUGUGACAGCUGUGGUUUUGUUUAUUAUUGACGUGAUCAACAUGUCAAACUGCCUAUCCUGGCGCUAUAACAUGAUCCUUUCCGUGAUGGCAUUUUUUUUUUUUUUUGUAACUGUAAUUGAUUUUUACGUGUGAAUACUCCCAAGUUGCAGCUAAGUUAAGACACCAUUUCACACGUAACACAGCAUUGUUGCAUAAAUUGGAAAGUAUAGUAACGUAGCUCAUUGCCAUGGCUUCUGAGACUCCAAGAUCAAAUGUACAUUUAUUAUCCAUAGAAAGGCACCACAGCAAAUGUUGCCAUGUUGCACAAAAUUACAUACAUAUUCAUUUAUAAUAGCCUUCACAUAUAACCCCUUACAUAUAUGUUUAAUGCAGUCUUAUCUUUCUUUUUUAACCAAAGAUUAGUGAGCCAUUGAAGCUACUUUAUUUCUUAGCACUGAACUUCACUGGCAUAACACUUGUUCACUAUAGUGCAACAUAGGCAAAGCAAGUUUUGUAGUUUUAUGAAUCUCGACCACCUUUGAAGUACUGUUUUAGUCUUAGGGGCAGCCCCUAACGUGUUUGGGCUUGAAUGGUCUGAAAAGGAAGUGCUACUUUAAAAGUUGUGUUUAUAAAGUGAGGCACUUGAUGAAUGGAGGUAGAGGCUGCACUCUCUAAAUUGUUGUACACUCGUGAACAUUAACUUGGCAUCAACAUGAAUCUCACAUGGCUUCUCGUGCAUUCUCCACCAAGAUGGCACAAAAAGCAUGGUGGCUGAAUGGCUGUGGUCUGUAUUGCUGAUAAGCAUGUGGUCGUGGCUUCGAUUCCGGCUUGUCAUCAUAGCCUUUUCUUCAAUGGGGGGCAAUAUGCAAGAAAGUCUAAUUACUCUGAUUUUCGUUCAUGUUAACCUCUUCUGUGCCAUGAAUUAGCUAAGCUUGUCAGUGUGUUUCUGAUAAAAAACUGCAAACGACGAGCUCAGCUUAUCAACAGUACGUUUCAUUUUCUUGCAGUUUCUAUUUACUUAUCGUCAAUUUUUUGUUUCCUUGCAUAGGGCUAUUACGCUUCACUUUUGCAGUAAUUGAGAUUUCGUAUAAGCUCUUAAAAUAUUGUCUGCAGUGUUUUUGUAAAGGAUUCUCUGGUCAAACAGAGUUCCCAUUUUCGGUCAGAAUUUAAAAGAAUAGUGUGGCACGGAAGAGGUUAAUAAUAAAGCCAGGGUGGCCAGAAUUCAGAGCCCUCCACUAUGACGUCCCUCAUAGCCAAACUGUCCAUUUGAGAUGUAAGACUCGCUAUUAUUAUCCAUAUUGGUGACAAGAAGCACCUUUGUAAGCUAGUAUAUUAGUUAUGUGUUCUGCAAGAGGAGAACAGCUAUGUAUUUUGAUACUACAGCGCAGAAGUUACAUGUCGCGUUAGGCAGCACUUGCGUCACAAAAUGCAAUAAUCGCUCACCUGCAUCAUGCUCAUUUUGUGUGUUUUGCACAUCCGGUUUACAAACUGACUUGUGAGUUGUGUAUUGUCAGUUGCAGCCACUGACACCAGAUGUUGGUGCUAAUUGUUACAGGGUCCUUUAACUCAUUGUAGAGCUUUGCGGUGUUGGCACACUGACUCCUGCAAAUAACUUGCUUGUGCAGAUUAAAUAAGUACACUAUUUUACUACGAAGUACAACAUACCAUGCAAUAGUGUUAAAUUUUUACUACCCCCCCCCCUCUUCUUUUCUUCCAAGUAAAUUUUAUAGGUGCCCAAUUAAUUUGAUAUAGCCAAGCGUCCCAAAUGAUCUAUAUGUCAUGGGGGAUCAAUUGAUCCCAACACUCUGCUGUGACGUUGUGCUUUGUUAUAAAUUGAUAUCUUAUAAAAGAUGUCGUGGGGCUUGUUGACCUUUUGUAGCAAUUGAAACGUUUGAACUUGGCAGCCUAUAAGGGUCACAGUAUCCUUGUUCUUAGGGACCAUGAAAAUCUUGUGGGGGAUUUGUAAACACUGUGCCACUUGAUUAAAAAAAAAAAAACUGGCAUUGGAUCAUUAUGAAUUUCUGAGAUGAGAGCUCGCUGGCAAUUUACUUGUUGGUGUUCUAAGCCCUUGUUGCUAGUCGUGGUUAGCAUCUAGACGCGUUUCAAUAAAAAAAAAGGCGAGCACUGACCACAGAAAUUUCACAAUCAUCAUCAUCAUCCUUGUCAGCCUAAUUAAGUCCAUUGCAGAAUAAAGGCCUCUCUCUCUGCAAUGUCCACUUACCUUUAUCCUGCAUUGGAAGAUUGCUGUGCUUUAUAUUUUUAUCUUGUCACUCUUUAGUUGUCUCCCGCCCUCGUCGGCAUUCCUGUUAAUCUGGCACUCAUUCGCUUGUUCUAAUGGACCUCCAGCUAUCUGCUUCAUGUUUAAACUCCAAUGCAGGGACUUCAAAGAUAAUCAUCUGCCGUGGUAAACCAGUGGCUACGGAGUUGUGCUGCUCAAGUCUAGGUUGCGAGUUCAAUGAUGGUCUGCAUUUUGAUGGCGGCGAAAUGCAAAAAGGCUUGUGGUACUUAGAUUUAGGUGUGCAACAAAAAUCCCUAAGGGGUCAAAGUUAAUCUAGAGUUCCCCACUACAGCAUGCCUCAUAAUCAAAUCUCUGUUUUGGCACGUAAAACUCAAUUAAUUAUUGUUUUUUUUGAGGUGGCUCCUGGUAACCUUUGUAAUCAGUGUUUGCCCCCUUUUUUUGCAAUGAAGCAUCCCAGCCCAACUCAAAACAUGUCAUACACUGGAUUUCUUGUGUAGCAGUUCGGUGUGAAAAUAGUUGCCAGUCUUGUGCAGCAAGGCUCUUAAUGCCACGAUUGCUUCAUCUGUGAAAUAGCCUCGAAAGCAUUUUUGGAUUUCAUUUCUGCACCUUAUGUCAGAGGGCCACUAAGGAAUCCUUAGCACUUCAGCAGGCAGAAUCAGCAGAUCAACUGAAAUGCAAGCUAUAAUGAUGACAGUGAAGCAAUUAUCUUAUUACUCAAAGUGCUGUUAUGCGCUGGACUUACACAGCCUAGUUUUUGAUAGCAGUCAAUAUUGAAAAUGAUAGUAAUGCCGUCCUACCAGUCCUAGUGGCUCCAGUGGUGUCUAUCGCAGUCGGCUGAACCUAGGGUGCGAGGUCACUGGACCAAUUCCUGGGUAUGACAACUGUGGUGUUUUAAGUGGGGGUGGAUAGCAAAAAAUACUUGUGUGCUCAGCAUUUUUUGCACACCAAAGACGCCUCAGCUGCUCGAUGUUAGUCUGGAGCCCUCCAUUAUAGCCCCUGUGUGUUCUUUAGAUGUUGAACCCCACCAAUCAACCAGUCAGUAAUGCUGUUCUCUUCACACUCUGCUAUAGGAAAGUACAGCAACAGGUACCGUGCAGUGUAUGGCACUGUAUAAGCAAGUUCAACAGAUGAAUCUUGCCUAGGUACAGAGUAGCCAUUAUGUCAUAAUUUAUUUACAGGUCUUGCAACUGUUGACAACAAUGCCGAAGCAUGUAAUUCAUAUGCUAAUGUUUAGUAGAGGUACGUAGCAGUGUCUAAAACUAAAUUGUACAGUGCAAAUGACCUGAUGGACGCAGCUCUCUCGGCUCGUGCACGUCAAUUUGCUUUCAACCACAGCGGUUAUUGGUAGACUGCAAUGUAGGUAUCACAUAUCAAAUUAAGAGAGCUUACUAACUUGGGAAGUCUGCAUAAUGUUCUGUUUGAAGUCACACAUUGUAUGGGGUAACGUAACAGUUCUUUUGCCUGAUCCCUUUCCAGUUUCAUCCACCGCUGCUCGAAUAGCAACUAGUUUUUUUAAUGAUGACUUAGGCUGGGUAACGCUCGAGGCAGUGAUGCCAUGUGGGAAGAAACGGCAUUGGAAUAGAACCACUGUGUUGAUCUAUCUUUUCUUGAGUUGUUGAUCAAUGUUUAGUGCUUAGUUGGUCCAGUUAAGUUUUCAAGCAACAUGAUGAGUGUGCGCAGCAGCAUGUAUCUUUUGCUUAAAACCUAGCCUGUUUUUUAAAUGGACCUUGUAUGCUAUCUUAGUGCCGGCUGUUAUCCAAGAUAAGCUGCACUUUUAUUGUACUCUGUGUGGAGCACAGGAUCUAGCGAGGCUAGGGUAGCUCAUCAGCAUGCACAGCUUAUUUAUUGUUUAUCUGCACUAUCUGUGCACCGAGUCUGAUGCAGACCUGCAUUUGUUUGAUACAACUACAUGUCAUUGAACAGGCUUUGACAUGUUUAAUCUUACAAUGGAAUCUCAGUAUUUCUUCACAAUUGUCUUCAUUGCUCAAGUGUUUCUGGUCUAUGCAAACAUUUUAAGCAGCAUGCUCAAAGUAUUCCCCUUUUUUUUUCUUGUAGUAAGCAGUUAUGACAUAUAAAGAUGUAUUUAUGUUUUUGACAAAGAUGCCUUAUAGAAUUCUCAUGACUUGCUCAAUGUCCUACUCUCAAAUGCCGUUUGAGUUGCUGAUGUACAACCAUUGCCCAUUUAAACAUAGUUGAGAUUUAGUUUCAAAACUUUCAAUAAUGCAGAAUGUAGCGGUGAAAAUGGCUUAAAUAGUGUGUGUUGUGAACUUUUGGAUGAUGUUAUUCAGCAGAUUCAUGUUUUAACACGUGCUUCUACAGCAGAUGAACAAUAUAUAUGUAUACACGUGUAUUGUUUGUUGUUAUUUUUUGCAUGUGCCUUGAAACCUAAUGCUGUUACUUUGUUCUUUUUUGUGUGCCUGUUCUUUUUUGUGUGCCUGUCACAAUAAGGCAUUGCACUUGGGCUACCCUUGCGCUGAUGUCCACGUACCGAGUGAUUUCCUUUUAUACACUGUUGCCUAUACCUGUGUUCACGGUGCUAUUUUUGCAGUGUUGAAUAAAAGUCACUUCAAAGUGA